GAGGCCAAUGGGAGGUCGGCGUGCGGGGAGGAGGGGCUUAGCCUCGGCGGAAAGGGGGGCGGGUUCCGGCAGAAUCCAAGAUGGCGGCGGCGGAGGCGCCCAGGAGAAUGUCAACGGUCGUGUGGUUGGCUCUUCUCCUGGCGGCGGUCUCGGCGGUGGAUAAAAGCAACUUCAAGACCUGCGACCAGAGUUCCUUUUGCAAGCGUCAGAGAAGCAUCAAAGCUGGAAGUUCCCCUUAUAGGGCACUGCUGGAUUCCUUGCAGCUGAGCCAAGAAUCUAUGAAAAUCCAGCUUAUCAAUGAAGCAAACAAGGUUCCUCUCCUCCUGGAGUUUUAUGGCUUGAAAGAAAACAUGACCCGCCUCAGGAUCAACGAGCUGACGCCCCUCAAACCCCGCUAUGAGGUACACGACGUCUUAAUCCAGGACCCUCCCACCUCCAGACUCUCUGUCACAGGCCGCGACGAGAACAGCGUGGAGCUCUCGCUCGAGGGCGGGAUUCACAAGGUGAUCCUGACGGCGAAGCCCUUUCGGAUGGACUUGCUGGCGGGGCGGGACCUGGUGUUGAGCGUCAAUUCCCGGGGCCUGCUGGUGUUCGAGCAUCUGCGACAGAGGAAGGACUCAAAAAGAGAAAAAAGAGGAGAAGAAUAGGAAGUGAUAAAGGAGAAAGAGGAAAAAAGAGGGGAAGAGGAGGAAAUGGAGGAGGAGGAAGAGGAAAAGAAGGACCCCGAAGAGGAUCCGGGAUUGUGGGAAGAAACUUUUAAGACCCACACGGAUAAAAAACCCAACGGACCGACGUCGGUGGGGCUCGAUUUCUCUCCAGGAGUGGAGAACAUGUAUGGAAUCCCAGAACAUGCCGAUAACCUCCGCCUGCGAACCACGGAGGGAGGAGAUCCAUAUCGUCUCUAUAACUUGGAUGUCUUCCAAUACGAACUCUACAACCCGAUGGCUCUCUACGGAUCGGUCCCAGUGUUGUUAGCUCACAGCGCCCAACGGACCCUCGGCAUAUUUUGGCUCAACGCAGCCGAGACCUGGGUGGACAUCACCUCCAACACAGCUGGCAAGACCAUGUUCGGGAAGAUGCUCGAUUACAUACAAGGCGGAGGAGAAACGCCCCAGACUGAUGUCCGCUGGAUGUCGGAGAGCGGGAUCAUCGACGUCUUCCUUCUGCUGGGACCUUCACCCACGGAUAUUUUCAAGCAGUACGCAUCCCUCACAGGCACCCAGGCUCUGCCUCCGCUCUUCGCCCUGUCCUAUCACCAGAGCCGCUGGAACUACAACGACGAGGAGGAUGUGAACGCUGUGGACAACGGCUUUGACGAGCACGACAUCCCCUACGACGUCAUCUGGCUGGACAUCGAACACACCGAUGGCAAGCGCUACUUCACCUGGGACCCCAACAAGUUCGCCAACCCCCGGGAGAUGCUUCAGCGGCUGGCAGCCAAGAGGAGGAAGAUGGUGAGUAUUGUAGACCCGCACAUCAAAGUCGACAGCAGCUACCGAAUCCACAAUGAAAUUCGCUCCCGGGACCUUUAUGUCAAGACCAAGGAUGGGAAUGACUAUGAAGGCUGGUGCUGGCCAGGUUCAGCGGGCUAUCCGGAUUUCACCAACCCCCAGAUGCGUUCCUGGUGGUCCAGCAUGUUUCCUUACGACCAAUACGAGGGCUCCAUGGAGAACCUCUACACCUGGAACGAUAUGAACGAGCCUUCGGUCUUCAACGGUCCCGAGGUCACCAUGCACAAGGACGCCGUCCACCAAGGGGGCUGGGAGCACCGCGAUGUCCACAACCUCUACGGCUUCUACGUGCAAAUGGCCACUGCAGAGGGACAGGUUCAGCGGUCCGGCGGCCUGGAGCGGCCCUUCGUCUUGACCCGAAGUUUCUUUGCCGGUUCGCAACGUUACGGAGCUGUGUGGACCGGGGACAACGCGGCCGAGUGGGACCACCUAAAAAUUUCCAUCCCCAUGUGCCUGAGCCUGGCUUUAGUGGGCAUCUCCUUCUGCGGAGCCGACGUGGGUGGCUUCUUCAAAAACCCGGAGCCGGAGUUGCUUGUGCGUUGGUACCAGGCUGGAGCCUAUCAGCCUUUCUUCCGAGCACACGCGCACGUGGACACCACGCGUCGCGAGCCCUGGCUUUUCGGCGACGAGAACAAAGUGCUGAUCCGGGAGGCCGUCCGGGAGCGUUACGCUCUGCUUCCCUUCUGGUAUACCCUCUUCUAUCAGUCUUACCGGACUGGCCUGCCGGUCAUGAGACCACUCUGGGUCGAAUAUCCCCAGGACCCUGUUUUGUACCCCAUAGAUGAUGAGUAUCUGCUUGGCGAUGCACUGUUGGUUCAUCCGGUAACUGCACAAGGAGCUCGCGGUGUACAGGUGUAUUUACCUGGCAAAGGGGAAGUUUGGUACGAUGUCCACACUCACCAGAAACUCCACGCCCCACAGACGUUUUAUUUGCCGGUCACCAUGAGCAGCAUUCCAGUCUACCAGCGUGGCGGCAGCAUCGUGGCUCGGAAGGAGCGGGUCCGGCGUUCUUCGGACUGCAUGCAGAAUGAUCCAUACACGCUCUACGUGGCAUUGGGGCCUCAGGGAACCGCCCAAGGGGAACUUUUCAUUGACGACGGGCACACGUAUAAUUUUGAGACAAAAAGACAAUACCUACACCGCCUCUUCCGUUUCUCUGGCAACGUGCUGACGGCCAGCUCGGCAGAUCCGAAGGGCAGCUUUGAAACUCCGGCCUGGAUCGAACGGGUGGUGAUCCUCGGAGCGGGCAAGCCGGGGGGCAUCUUCCUCAAACAACAGGGAGCUGGCGAGACCCGCCUGGAUUUCACCCACGAAGCCGAGACCUCCGUUCUAACCAUCCGCAAGCCCGCCGUGAACGUCGGAGAAGACUGGAGCAUCUCGCUACGAUAAUGGCACGAGGCGGGAGGGGGGCGGGGGAGACACAAGAAUUGGCUGGGCAGAGGGGCAGGGAGAUUUUGGGGGUGUGGUUGGGGCGGGGUUUGAGGAGCUCUAGGUCAGGAUCCUAUCCUCCCGCCACCCAUCCAUUGGGUAGAUCGAUUGGGAAGCUGCCCACUGCCAUUAUCUGAAGUCCAGUGUCCCAGUUUAGAAGGCGUUAAAUGGAAGAGGGCUAUUGUUUCCUUCCCUUCCUCCCCCUGGCUUUUUUGUCCUUCUUUUCCUCCCUCUUUACUUCCUUCUCCUCCAGUCCCUCCCCUGUCUGUGUUUUUCCUUCCC